CGCUUAGUUAGUUCCUAAAAUACCUGACAAUAACAUCCAGAAUGCCUCCAAACAACGACAGCUACAACCCGGAUGAGCUCGAUGCGCCACAAUGGCUAAACACAAAGUUCAUCAGAGAAGUCUUGGUUCAGCAUCUCAAGGCACCAGAGCUCAAAGUAAUUGAUCUUAAGUUCUCCCCAGCCAGCUCCAAGGGGGAUCAUUAUGCGAGCCUUAUGUUCCGAGCUUACGUUGAGUAUGAAACGCAAAAGGGGCACUCGACGAUAUCGCUCGUCAUCAAAACAAUGCCCGAGCAGGAUGGUCACAAGAAAGAGCUACUGGGUGAAUCACACAUCUUUGAGACGGAGAUUGCCAUGUACACCAAGGUGUUGCCCAAGUUCGAGAACGUAUUGCGCGAGGUGGGCGAUAUGACUAGAUUAUGUGCCACCUGCAUCUACCAUAGCGUGAAGCCGCGUCAGGUGAUGGUCUUCGAGGAUCUGUCAACCCAGGGCUACGCAGUCAUUCGACGAUCUGCUAACAUAGAAGAGCUACGAGCUGCCCUGGAAAAUCUGGCCAAAUGGCACGCAGUUAGCCACAAGUUGCUCAAGGAGCAGCCCGAACUAUUUGAUCAGCUACAAUAUGAUAUAACCACACUGCCAAAAUUUUUGGAGCAGGACUUUUUGACCAAAUCCAUGGACAACUUUAUAGAUAUGCUCGGAAAUGUGGAGAGUCUAAAAUCCUACCGCAAGUACUUUGAGCCGAUGCAAAAUAAGUUAAUUCAGGGCUGGGUGGAUGUGAUACGUGAAUAUCGAGAGAGCCGUCAAGAAAAUGGGUACUACGUGCUCUGUCAUGGGGACUUUCAUCUACGUAAUAUGAUGUUCAAAGGAACCGAGUGUAUGCUGUUGGAUUUCCAGAUGUCUUAUGUGGGAUCUAUGGCCAAUGAUAUUAUAUAUGCCAUCUACAUGUUGUUCGACGGCAAGUUACGUGAAGAAAAAUCAAAUGAACUUAUUUAUAACUACUUCCAAACCUUCGUGAAUACAUUAAAGAAGAUUGGCUACCUUGGCAAGGUGCCCAGUUUGGUUGAGUUUCGGCGUCAAAUGUUUGAAAAAAGAUAUAAUGAUUUUCUGCUGCUUACCUCUUUUCAACCUAUAAUAAUUUAUAUGCGCAAGGGCGCCGAUGCUGGAGAUAUAAUGGAGGAUGAUGAACUGCGUUCUAAACUGUAUUAUCAGAAGGAAUACAUAAAGGAACUGGAAGAUCUAUUGCCUCGAAUGCUUCAUCUGGGCUAUUUUGAGCCACUUUACUCGUGUAGGGUAAAUAGUGUCUAAGCAUAUAUUUUGAAUAAUUAUAUGGCAAAUUAUAUAAUAAUGUUGUAUCGAGAA